AUGUCUUGGAACGAACGCCGCGGCACAAAGGCCUUCACGCUUUUCCUCAUCCUCGGAUUCAUCGUCCAGCUCGUCGGCGCCGUCAUCCUCUACAUCCGCAGCAAGAUCGCCAUCGUCCGCUUCGACGGCCAGUACCACUACUCCUAUGUCCCGAUCGUCUACCUUGUCCUCGCUGGCGUGGGCACCUUGAUUCAGUUUGCCGGCACUGGCUUCAUCGCCGGUUGGAACAACACGACCAAACUCCUCCUCGUCAUCCUCCUCUUCUCGCUCACCAACAUCGGCGUGGUUAUUCUCCCGCGCUGGGUCUCGUUGAUCUUUGUCGCAAUCCAGACCGGUGCCAUGGCGCUGUACGCCUACACGUACAACCCAGACGUCUAG